AUGGCAAAGCUUUCACAACUCACUAACUACCAGCCUAUUCAUGUCUCGAUAGCAGUCACUGAAUCACGAAACCAAGAGUGCACCAGAGCAGCGUUCACAAUGAACCGUACACUGGGGGUAGAUGACAUUACGGUAAAUGUGGCUGAUGUGCGGCUUCAUCCCCACUGCGACCACGGGGCUUUAACAGAUCCAUUUGGCAUUUUCAUUCAAGGGAUAUUGGCUGUCGUUGCAUUCAGUACUCUUAUGUUGAAACGUCUUCGAGAACCUAAAAUUGAAAGAAGACCCUGGAGAAUUUGGUUUUAUGACACAUCAAAACAAGCCUUGGGUGCAUUAGUUAUACAUUUUGCCAAUGUGUUCCUUGCUGAUAUAUUCCAUGGUGAUCCAUGUACAUGGUACAUCAUCAACUUUUUACUGGAUUCCACUGUAGGUCUUUUUUUUAUUUAUGCUGGUUUAACAAUCACCCAGGUUAUUGUGAGAAGUCAACAUUGCUAUUCAUUGAGAUUUGGUGAAUAUGGUGAACCACCUUCUUGUAAUGCCUGGAUUGGGCAAUGUGGACUCUAUAUUCUUGUGGUCAUCAUAGAAAAAGUACUUAUUACAUUAUUAGUGCAGUUUAAAUUCUGGGAUGAGGUGAGUUUUAUACUAUCUCCUAUUCGUGAUCCUCGGUUAGAGGUGGCCAUUGUUAUGUUAAUUAUUCCAUUUGUCGUCAAUGCCAUCAUGUUUUGGGUAGUGGAUAAUAUCCUAAUGAGAAAGAGAAGAAAGAAAACAAUUGAGUUUGAACUUAUUCCACAAAGCAGCUCAAAAUCGGUAAAAUAUUCACGUCAAGUCCAUGAAAAAGACAGUGAGAAUGGGUCAGAGUCUGAAGUUUUGAUCACUGUAGAUGACGACAAGUACGCCAGCAGUGAUGAUGUGAAAAAUAAACUAAUACCACAGAAAACUGGCUAA